AAUUUAGUUAAGACCUUUAAAUCUUUAAUCAUCGAUUUUUUAACCACAGAGAACAAAAUGUGUAGAGAAAAGGGUAAAACUGUAAUUAUGGAGAAGUGUAGGGGGCAUUGGGUCUGACGGAGUCAAAUCAUAAUGGGAGGAGGAAGAGCUUCAUCUCCAAUCAACGAGUAACGACUCCUCUAAUUUGGUAGCGUCCCCGUUACGACGCCGUUCUUCCUUUGAUUUUUUCAUUCUCUCUCUCUCCUCGAAAACAUCAUUCUCUCUCUCUUUUCAGUUCUCUUCCUUCUCUCUCUCUCUUCGUUUUCUCUGUAAAAAAUCUUCAACCUUUAGCCUCUCUGAUCGCAUCCAAAACUCCUAAAGGUCUCCGUUGUUACCGUUUCAGAUUCUCGUGGGGGACUUGCAAUAAAACAAAAAAAAAGAAAUCGACUUUGUGUUUCAGACAAUUCGAUGGGAAGCUGUGUCUCUAAGGGCAAAGAAGACGAUGAUUCAAUCCAUAACGUUGAUUUUUCCGGUGGCAACGUUCAUCUCAUCACAACUAAAGAAAGCUGGGAUGAGAAACUAGCCGAAGCUGGCCGUGAUGGCAAAAUUGUAAUUUUCUUAAUAUGGAGUGUUGUUUGUGUUUUUUCUAAAUCUCAUGAACCAUCUUCUUCUCUUAAAAAGGUGAUUGCAAACUUCAGCGCGACAUGGUGUGGGCCUUGUAAGGUCGUGGCACCGUUCUUCAUCGAGCUCUCAGAGAAACAUCCUUCUAUCAUGUUCCUUCUUGUAGAUGUUGAUGAACUCAGCGAUUUUAGCUCAUCAUGGGACAUAAAGGCAACACCAACCUUCUUCUUUCUUAAAAACGGUCAGCAAAUAGGCAAGCUUGUUGGUGCUAACAAGCCUGAGCUACAGAAGAAGGUUACUUCCAUCCUUGACUCUGUACCUGAGAGUCCACAACGGCCUUGAAAAGUAAAUAGGCACCCUUGUGUUCCCUUCUUCUCGAUGGAGAAGUGUUUGGAAAAAGUCUUUGUGUUCUGAUCAAUGGAUGUAAAAUAUGCGAAAGAUGUCAUGAAUCUUACCUCAGUAUUAUAUUUUUGAAACGUCUCUACCUAAAGGUCAAUGUUUGCUC